UUUUAUUUAGCAUCGGAACUAUUAUUAUAUUACUAAUUGUGCAAUAUAUGGCACAGUACUAUGCAAAAAUUAAAAAGUACCCACCUGGCCCGAAACCGUUACCAAUUUUUGGCAAUAUUUUAAUGUUCUGGAACUACCAAACGAGGGGACACUGGAAUCACGAGCUCAUUGACCUGGCUAAAAUAUACGGCCCAGUGUUUACCAUAUGGGGUGGACCAUGGCCAAUUAUCAUUGUGUGCGAUGUUGAUAUUGCCAAGGAGGCUUUCAAUAAAAGUGAUUUUUCAGGCCGCCCACCUUCUGACCUAGGUGAAAUAUUUUCAAACGAAAAUCACACCGAGAUUGCAUUUCGCGAUUAUGAUAAAACAUGGGAAGCUCUCCGUAAAGUUACACAUACGGCUGUAAUAAAAUACUCGCGAUUGGAUGAGCUGUCAAAUUGCGUUAACGAAGUGGUGGGCGACACAUACGACGAUAUAAUGAGCCGAUACGGCGCUAACCGGCCUUUCCCUGUAAAGGACUACGUGUUUGACCUGUUCUGUAAUGUUAAUGCGUUGACCACGCUCAGUCGAAAACUUCGGCCCGAAGAGAUUGUUAAAUUCAAAUACACGUCUGACACAUUCCAAACUGACCUGGGCAAUUCGCUGUUUUUGUACGAAUUCUUACCUAUCGCCCGAAAGUUAAUGUCGUAUCCGUUGAAAAAGUACCGAGACUAUUUUGACCAAGAGUUGCGUUUCACCUCGGACCAAUACGAGACACACGUCAAAACUUAUAACAAUGACCACAAGCGAAAUAUUUGCGAUUUGAUUAUUAGUGGCAAACAGGAGGCUCAGAGUCAGGGCAAAGACAUGGCCACCCAUUUGACCGACAUCAACAUGAAAGCCACCUUGAUCGAUAUGUUUUUGCCUACAUCUGACACGACUCACACGUUUCUAUGGAUACUGUUGUACAUCGCGUACUACCCGGAAGUUCAGCGCCGUAUACGCGAUGAGAUUGAGUGCAUAGUCGGCGACCGGUCGGCCAACCCGGAGGACAGGCAUCGGCUGCACUAUACCAUGUCAUACAUAUGGGAAAUGCAACGAAUCAGAAACUCGGUGCCCAUCGGGCUGUUUCACUCGGCCGUCAACGAUGCUAAACUAGGUGAAUAUGUGGUGCCAAAAGGUACGCCGGUUGUUGUGCACCAGUUAUCGAUACUGACGGAUGAGAAAUACUGGGACAAACCGUUGGAGUUUAAGCCGGAUCGUUUUUUGGACAACGAGGGCAAACAAAUUACGGUAAAACCCGCGGCGUUCAUACCGUUCAGCAUUGGUAAGAGAAAGUGUAUCGGCGAACAGUUGGCCACCACUACUCUGAUGUUGACCCUGGCCAAGGAGUCGGCCCAAUAUUUGACCGAUAUCAAUAUAACUGCAACUCUCAUUGAUAUAAUUAUAACUGCCACCGAUAAUGCGCACGUGUUUCAAUGGAUAUUACUAUUUGUGGCCUACUAUCCGGAGGUUCAGCGCAAAUUACGCCAAGAAAUAUCUAACGAGCUUGGUGAUCGGCCAGUGACCACCGAGGACAAACACCGCAAAUACAAUUUACCGGAGGGCACUAGUGUUGUGGUGCAACAAUAUUCAAUUCUUAUGGAUGAGAAAUACUGGGAUAAGCCGGAUGAGUUUAACCCUAGUCGCUUUCUGGACAAUGUGGGCAAACAAGUGGUGGUAAAACCGGCAGCUUUUAUACCCUUUGGUGUCGGCCGUCGACAGUGUAUUGGCGAACAGUUGGCCACAAAUACACUGUUUUUAUCUUUGGUCAGAUUAUUACAGUUAACCACCGAUUAUAACAUAACUAUCGAUAAGCCGGCCGCCGAUACACUCGACGCCGACCCCAUUAAUCUUUGGAUACAGUUUCCUAAACAGUAUAACAUUGUCCUCAAAAACCUAGCCAAGGAGGCAUUUGCCAAGGUGGAUUUCUCCGGACGACCCCCUUCUGAAUUAGGUGAAACAUUUGGCAACGCAGAAAUUGCCUUUAGCAAUUAUGGUAAGAUGUGGGAAACCCUACGCAAAGUGGGCCACAGUGCUAUGCGAUACAAAUUAAAUAAGGACCAAAUGGACAAGUUCAAAUACUGUUUCGACGGCUUUCAAUCCGACCUUGGUAACUGGCUAUUUCUAUACGAAUUUGUACCCAUAUUGCGCUACUUUAUGGCAAAUCCAUUGACAAAAUACAAACAAUAUUUCAACACAAUUAAAGGCGUCUUAAAAGAUAUCUAUGAAAAACACGCAAAAACUUACGAUAAGGAAAAUACAAACAAUUUUUGCGAUUUACUCAUUACUGCCAAACACGAGGCCGAGGCUCAGGCCAAGGGGUCGGCACAAUAUUUGACCGAUGACAAUUUGACCGCAACUAUUAUGGAUGUUAUAAUGCCCGGUUCUGAUUUAAACCAUCAGUUUCAAUGGAUAUUACUAUUUGUUGCUUAUUAUCCUGAAGUUCAACGUAAACUACGUCAAGAGAUAGCCAAUGAGCUUGGUGAUCGACCGGUUGUCACCGAGGACAAACAUCGUAUGCACUACACCAUGGCUUAUAUUUGGGAAAUUAUGCGAUAUAAAAAUAUUGCACCCAUCGGCUUCUUUCAUCUAACCAUCAAGGACUCAAAAAUUGGUAAAUACAGUAUACCAGCUGGCACUAGUGUUGUGGUACAACAAUAUUCAAUUCUACUUGAUGAAAAAUACUGGGAUAAGCCGGAUGAGUUUAACCCUGGUCGCUUUUUGGACAACGAGGGCAAACAAGUGGUGGUAAAACCGGCGGCUUUUAUACCCUUUGGUGUCGGCCGUCGACAGUGUAUUGGCGAACAGUUGGCCACAAAUUCACUGUUUCUAACUUUG